AUGGCUGCUGAAUUUGAAAAGCAAAUGCAACACUCGGGUUCUGGAGCCCACAACACGCCAGGCGACGACAUGGAGCUUGAAGGGGUGACUCAGAAGCCCAUUGGCGAUGGGAUCGUAAGCCAACGCAAUGAGAACACCACGGCUCAAUUCCCAUCACAGCCCGAGCAACGCAACUCAGGGGCAUACAACGCCCCAAAGGCCUAUAGCAAUCUUGACGAGAUGUCGCCUCACUCUCAGCUCGACGAGCUCUCUCCAAGGCCGACGCAGGACCAAUCAAGACGACAAAGCAACGUCGUCCGCCCUGAAACCCAUGUCGAAGAACCAGUGAGAAAGAUGGAGAGCACAUCCAAGCUCCUAACGGCGAUAUGCACACACUCGUAUCUUAUCUUCUUCGCCAUUCUGGGAACACUGGCGCGUGUAGGCUUGACGGCAUUGACGCGCUACAGUGGCACGCCUGUCAUUUUUAACACAUUAUGGGCGAAUUUCAGUGGAAGUCUUGCGAUGGGGUUUCUCGCCGAGGACCGAAAACUCUUUCUGAAUGAAUGGGGCACUGCGACCUACGAUCAAGCGAUCAAGCGCGCCGAGCAGAAGGACGGGGAUGAAGAGAACGGCUCUGGACUGAAUCAGGGGAAUAUAGAUUUGGCGGCAGCAAAAAAGGCUCACCUGGCGACGAAGAAGACGAUUCCACUGUACAUCGGACUCGCUACAGGGUUUUGCGGGAGUUUUACAACCUUUUCGAGUUUUAUCAAAGAUGUAUUUUUGGCUUUGUCCAACGAGUUAAAAACACCGGGUUGGCCAGAGUCACCUACGAGCCGCAAUGGAGGAUACUCCUUUAUGGCCAUGCUGGCAGUAAUUAUCACGACUCUUUCGUUGUCGUUAUCGGGUCUGUUCGUGGGGGGUCACCUAGCCAUCGGUCUCCAACGCGUCACCCCAUCGAUCCCCUUCUCACUAAGUCGACGAGUUCUCGAUCCCCUCGGCGUGCUCCUCGGCGUCGGCUGCUGGCUUGGGGCAGUCAUACUCGCCAUCUUCCCACCUCACGAUGCCUGGCGGGGCCAAACUCUCUUUGCUCUCGUUUUUGGGCCCCUCGGCUGUCUUUUACGCUUUUAUCUGUCACUCUAUCUCAAUGGAAAGAGGACAAGCUUUCCUGUUGGAACAUUCGUGGCAAAUGUAUUGGGCACGGUGGUUCUAGGCAUGUCGUGGGAUCUUGCGCAUGUACCUCUGGGCGGAGUCGUCGGUUGCCAGGUACUUGAGGGUAUCGAGGAUGGAUUCUGCGGAUGCUUGACCACUAUCUCGACAUUUGUUGCUGAACUUUCGAGUUUACGACGACGAAGCUCAUGGAUCUAUGGUACGACGAGUGUGGUUGUUUCUCUGGUAUUAAUGAUCGCAGUGAUGGGAGGACUGCGAUGGAGCGAGGGCUACAGCAAGCUCUUGUGUACAGUAUAA